AGGAAAGUUCAGACCCAUGAUAUUUUGACAUCUUUCUAUAAUAGGGAGACCAUGGGACGGGCUUCACUCUUAUUUCUGCUUCUUUUGGUUCUUGGCUCUUCCUUUGCAACGUAUAAUGUGGUAACUAUGAUAAUGCGCUACAGUUCUUCACAAAAUUUGGCGAUUCAUUCCAUGGAUGAUGGGUUGUUGUUUGACCCCAUUAUUGAGAUGCCUAGGAAGAUGAAAAAUCGGAGGACAACUAGAGCACCCUUUCAUGUUGCCUUAACAUCAACUGAUGCUCCAUACAGCAAAUGGCAGUCCCGGAUCAUGUAUUACUGGUAUAAACAGAAAAAGAAUUUGCCUGGCUCAGAGAUGGGAGGAUUCACUCGAGUUCUACAUUCAGGAACGGCUGACAACUUGAUGGAUGAAAUUCCAACUGUUGUAGUUGAUCCUCUUCCACCAGGUCUGGACCGGGGGAUAUAUUGUUUGAAUAGACCAUGGGCAUUUGUUCAGUGGUUGCAACAGGCCACUAUAGAGGAAGAGUACGUAUUGAUGGCAGAACCUGAUCACAUUUUUAUAAAUCCUCUGCCUAAUUUGGCUUAUGGAGGACAUCCUGCUGCUUUUCCAUUUUUUUACAUCAGGCCUGAUCAGAAUGAGAAAAUUGUAAGGAAGUAUUAUCCUGAAGAGUUUGGACCAGUCACAAAUAUUGAUCCAAUUGGAAAUUCUCCUGUAAUUAUUAAAAAGGAUUUGCUUGCAGAGAUUGCUCCCACAUGGAUGAAUGUUUCUUUGAUGAUGAAAGAGGACCCAGAGACUGAUAACGCCUUUGGAUGGGUGCUAGAAAUGUAUGCUUAUGCUAUAGCAUCUGCCCUUCAUGGCGUGAGGCAUAUUUUGCGCAAAGACUUUAUGCUGCAGCCUCCAUGGGAUCUUGAAACUAAGAACAAGUAUAUUCUUCAUUAUACUUAUGGAUGUGACUACAAUUUAAAGGGUGAGUUGACCUAUGGAAAAAUUGGUGAGUGGAGAUUCGACAAAAGGUCAUACUUGCAAGGACCUAUACCAAAAAAUCUGCCUUUACCCCCACCUGGGGUUCCUGAAAGCGUGGUGACUCUGGUAAAGAUGGUGAACGAGGCUACUGCUAACAUCCCUGAUUGGGACUCAUCAUCCUAGUUUGGCUUUAUUCAUGUUUAUCUUUAAUGCAACUUGCAUAAGAGGGGGGAAAAAAAGC